CCCGUCAACAUCUGCAAGAUGACUUUACUACGACGGACCCUUGCCCUGGCGAUAUUAGCCCUAAUUUCCACAGCUGCAACAAGUCCUGCUACAAAUCCCGCAAAGAAGGAUGACGGUACAGAAGUGGCGAGUCUUAAAUGGUCAUUUUAUGACAUUGCAACGCUUAGCACGGCGGUCUUGGUAGUCAGCGUCGGUUUUGCAGCCCUCGUGUCACUCUUCAUACCCUUAUUUACGUACAAGUUGUGCUAUUUUUUUGGUAUUUGCCACAACACGCUCGACGUUUUCAACGAGUUCGUUCUUCCGCGGAAAGUGACUAAGAGGUCGGUGGAUUACGUGGAACCCAUGCUAACCACCCUAGUGAACGCAUACGAAAAAUACGCAGACACCGAUCUAAAAAAAAAGUCCAAGAUACCCAGAUUCUGAAGACCGUGGCAUUCGUAGUGCAAAUUAUACCGGUUACCAUAAAUAUCUUUAAACUUACCUUCCUCGUGGUGAAUUUGCUGCUGCAACUGAU